CAAGUCUGCUGUUUUCAUUUCCUCAUGGGAAGAAGAAGCAUAGCAGAGAAGAAAGGCAGACACAAAGCAUUGCACCUCUGCCACCAUGGGGAACUGGUUUGUGAAUGAGGGACUCUCCAUCUUUGUCAUUCUGGUAUGGCUGGGGCUGAACGCCUUCCUCUUUGUCUGGUACUACCAGGUUUAUGAUGUUGGAGAUAAAUUCUUUUACACUCGAAAACUUCUUGGGAAAGCACUUCCGUUGGCCAGGGCCCCUGCAGCCUGCCUGAAUUUCAACUGCAUGCUGAUCCUGCUGCCAGUCUGUCGAAAUCUACUCUCCUUCCUCAGGGGUUCCAGCGCGUGCUGUUCAACAAGAAUUCGAAGACAACUGGACAGGAACCUCACCUUCCAUAAAAUGGUGGCAUGGAUGAUUGCACUUCACACUGCGAUUCACACCAUUGCACAUCUAUUUAAUGUGGAGUUCUGUGUGAAUGCCCGAGUCAACAAUUCUGAUAAUUAUUCAAUAGAACUCUCUAACAUAGGAGAUAAGCCUGGUGAAGCUUACCUCAAUUUUGCUCGAGAGAGAAUCAAGAAUCCUGAAGGAGGCCUAUAUGUAGCUGUGACUCGGUUGGCAGGCAUCACUGGAAUUGUCAUCACGCUGUGCCUCAUACUAAUUAUCACUUCCUCCACCAAAACCAUCCGGAGGUCUUACUUUGAAGUGUUUUGGUACACACACCAUCUCUUUGUGAUCUUCUUCAUUGGUCUCGCCAUCCAUGGAGCUGAGCGAAUUGUACGUGGGCAGACCCCAGAUAGUUUGCAGAAGCACAACAUAACAAUAUGUCAUGAUAAAAUCACACAGUGGGGAAAAAUAGAGAAAUGUCCAGUCCCGAAGUUCUCUGGGAACCCUCCUAUGACUUGGAAAUGGAUAGUGGGUCCCAUGUUCCUGUAUCUCUGUGAGAGGUUGGUACGGUUUUGGCGAUCUCAACAGAAGGUGGUCAUCACCAAGGUGGUCACUCAUCCUUUCAAAACCAUCGAGCUACAGAUGAAGAAAAAGGGAUUCAAGAUGGAAGUGGGACAAUACAUUUUUGUCAAGUGUCCCGUGGUGUCCAGGCUAGAGUGGCACCCUUUCACACUGACCUCUGCCCCUGAGGAAGACUUCUUUAGCAUCCAUAUCCGCAUUGUUGGAGACUGGACAGAGGGACUGUUCAAGGCUUGUGGCUGUGAUAAGAAGGAGUUUCAAGAUGCCUGGAAGCUACCUAAGAUAGCUGUUGACGGGCCCUUUGGCACAGCCAGUGAAGAUGUGUUCAGUUACGAGGUGGUGAUGUUAGUAGGAGCAGGGAUUGGGGUCACACCCUUCGCAUCCAUUCUCAAGUCAGUCUGGUACAAAUAUUGCAAUAAUGCCACCAAUCUGAGGCUCAAAAAGAUCUACUUCUAUUGGCUGUGCCGGGACACACAUGCUUUUGAGUGGUUUGCCGACUUGCUGCAGCUACUGGAGACCCAGAUGCAGGAGAGGAACAAUGCCGACUUCCUUAGCUAUAACAUCUAUCUCACUGGCUGGGAUGAGUCUCAGGCCAAUCACUUUGCUGUGCACCAUGAUGAGGAGAAAGAUGUGAUCACAGGCCUGAAACAAAAGACUUUGUAUGGACGGCCCAACUGGGACAAUGAGUUCAAGACAAUUGCGAGUCAACACCCAAACACCAGAAUAGGAGUUUUCCUCUGUGGACCUGAAGCCCUGGCUGAAACCCUCAGUAAACAGAGCAUCUCCCACUCCGAGGCUGGCCCUCGGGGAGUGCAUUUCAUUUUCAAUAAGGAAAACUUCUAAUUGGUCUCUUCCGUGAGAAAAUAAAUGUGGGCUAUGCUGCCAAAUGCCCAAAUAAUGCUAGUUGAUAAUAUAAGUUCCCUCCCUUUAAAAAAAAAAAAAGGAGGAAAAGAAACUAUAAUAUGAUGGUUUUCCCUGAAAGAAAUGUCAAAGAUUGUUUGAUAGUGAUAAUUUGCAUUUGUAUGGGGCUUUAUGGUUUUCAGAGCACUUUUACAAACAUUAUUUCAUUUUUUCCUUAUGCCAGAGACGCCAAAGAAAGAUAGGGCAAGGAUCCUUGGAUCCAGUUCUUAGGAUAAAAUGAAUGGGGGCUCAAAAUGGUGAAGUAACUUACCUAAGAUUAUGAAGCUGAGACAGGAUCUAGGCCAUCUGACUCCAGGUUUGGUACUCUUUCCACGAUACCAGGCUGCCUGGAAAUAGGUUUGUAUACUCCCCCAAAGAAGAAGCAAACCAGGGAGUAGCUAUUCAUUUUCCAUUUUGUGUCAUCUUUGUUAUCAUUGUCAGGUCGGAGGAAAUUCUCCAAAUAGGAGACAAUGUAUUCUGAGAGUGAUUCAACAUUUAAUCAUGACAGGAUUGACUUCUGAGCAUAUUCUAGUUUACCAAUGCAGCAGCCUAACUGGGUCAGGAAUUCUUCUUACAAAAGAAUAUUAGGCUGACUAAAGUUAAUGUGUUACCCAGCAUUUACAAUCGUGGUUGGCAGAGAGUGGCUACCCAAUGAAAGUUUGUUGAAUGAAUGAAUGAAGAGACAUUUAGAACCAGACAGUGCCAGGGUAGAAUUAAUUUAAGGCCUUAAACAGAAUUAUCUAAGGAAAAACUUGUUUUACUCUUAUAGACCAAAGGAAGCUGAUUCUUCCGAGGGUAGAGAACAGGCUACAGAUAGUAACCAAUAGGAUGUCCCGGAGGUUCCCUCACAUUCUUAUUUGAAGCAUGGAGGAAAGGGAGAUGGAGGCAGAGAACUGACCUCCUACCAUAACUCUGGCUGGCUUCUCUAGUCCUGCUCCCUGUGCUAUGAUAGAAAUGCAAACUGAUUUGCUGCCUGAAAGGCUCUCCUCCGGCCAGCACUUGUGAAUUUGAAAUUAAGAAUUGUGACAAAUAUGUAUCUGAUUUGACUAUCUGCUUUAAUUGGCAUCCGCCCCUUGUUUUAC